AUGUUAUCAGAAGAAGAGUAUUACACAGCGCUACAAAAAUUACAUAAUAUACCAUCUCAUCUUCAUGGAAAUAAUCGACAAAAUUAUAAACAAGUAUUAAAGAAACAAAUUCAAGAAUAUGAAUAUAAUUUAAAGUAUGGAAACUUCGAACCAUUACCAUAUAUCCCAUACUUCGUGAACAAUAUAACAACUGAACAAACAUUACAUCAACUUAUACAGGCAUCAUCAUCAUCAUCCGAGUUUACACUGGAUACCGAAUCCAUUAAUGUAUACAAGAAAAAAAACCAACCGGCACUAAUUCAAAUCCAGGUCUUAUUACCAUACAAUUUAUCACUUGUUAUGAUCGUCGAAAUGUGCCACUUACCUCAUCAUCAUACUACUCGUUUUACAUUAAUCAAACAAUUGUUCGACAUUAUCUUUGCAUCAAAUAAAACAAUCUAUAUUUGGGGAUCAAAGGAUGAACUGUUUCCAUUUAUCAUCUUCAAUUUAUUUUCACGUGAACAACUUCAAUCCAUUACAACAAUUAAUCUUCAACAUCAAUUUAAAUUAUUUUGGAACCAACAUCAUCGACGUCAUCAUCAUAUUUCGACAUCAUCUAAUAUAUUAGAAGAUCGUUGUAUAUGUGAAACAUGCAUCGGCAAGAAACCAUCAGAACCUUGGUCACUCCAAGAUUCGACUGCCUAUUUAUUAGAUGAGUAUCUUCCAAAAAUAUUAACUCGAGCACAAUUUAAUAUUGGACUAGAUCCUAAUUUAUUUAAUUUAGAUUCUGAAGAAAAACAAUAUCGACAACAACUUACCAAAUAUGCAUUAAAUGAUUGCUUAUCAAUGCAACGAAUAUUAAUACAUAUGAAAAAUACAAAAUUUGAAUUUAGUUUUGAAAAAAUAAUUAAGAUUCCAUAUGAUUUAAUGGAAUCGGUUUCUUCAAGUGAUGAUGAAAUUAUGUUUUCACAACUUACACCAUCUAUGAAACGCCUCACAAAUGAUCAAAAUUUAAAUAUUAAUAAACAAGAACAAUUUAUCUCAACAUCUACAUCUGAAAAUUCCAAUUGGAAAAUUACUUCCACCAAUAACAGUCGAUCAGCCAAUCAACGACAUACUCAAUCCACAAGUGAACGUGAACAUCGAUAUACACAUGAAACUCAACCUGUAGAUGAACAUAAACCGGAACACAAACCACAGCAAUUAUCAAUGGAAGAACGCAAACGUAUACAUAACCGAUCAUGCACCUUAAAACAACGCAAACGAUUAUAUCGACAGGAAAUCGUUUGUGAAAAUACGGAUGCUCGAUUUACCACUACGAAAAUAAAAAAAUUACUACGCGAACGAAAUAUUGAAUUUUCCGCUAUUAAUCGAUCUCAAUCAAAAUUGAAUAAACGAACUUUAUAUAUAGGAAUAAAAAACAUCAAUCACAUGCCGCGAUACGAAAUCCUAACCAAAUAUUUACUCAGCACCGCCAAUUAUAAUCGUUAUUCAAGUGAUCGUCAUCAUCGAUCCAAUUCUCGAUAUUGA